UAUUGAAGCAACAGAGCUGAUAAAUGAAUUAGAAUGGUUGGAAAUUUAUCAGAAAUCAUUUGUAAAGAAAAAAAUAUCGAAAUAUUAUCUAAUUGAGUGUAUGAGUGUACGGUGUCUUUACUUUCCGUUUGUGUAAAGCGCAACGACCACAAACUCCGCCCACAGGGUUAUUUAUUCCUGCUUGCACGAUAGUAAUGACGAACCUCGACAUGCAGUGUAAUUAGCGACAGGAGUCUGAGGAGAUAGAUGUGAGGAGUCGGAGAAGAUGCUGAUCAACUGAUGACUGCAGAAAGAACAGAAUAUCAUCAUGUCCAGCAGAAAAAGCAGAGCUGUUGUUCGUGGUUCUGCUCAAAAGAGAUGUCAGAGCAAAGAGAUACACCCACCCUCCAUGAGUGAUAGGACUCAUCUGAGGAUUGUCCUGCUGGGGAAAAGCGUGUCAGAAAACAGCCGAGUGGGAAACUUCAUAUUAGGACGAGCAGCAUUUGACAGUGAAGCUCCUCCAGAUGUUGUGGAGAGAGUCAGAGGAAGACUGAAGAACAGACACGUGAUCAUCAUCAGCAGUCCACAGCUGCUCCAGACGAACAUCUCAGAUCAUCAGAUCACACAGACAGUGAGAGAGUGUGUGUUUCUGUCUGAUCCAGGACCUCAUGUGAUCGUUCUGCUUCUCAAACAUGAUCAGUGUUCAGCAGAAGAUCAGGAGCGUGUGGAGAAGGUGCUGGACUCUUUCUCUGAGCGCGUUUAUCAUCACACCAUGGUGCUCAGCACACAAGAGCCCACAGAAACUAGUGACAUCCUACAGAAAAUCAUUCAGAAAUGCUCCGACAGACACUUCAGUCUUCAGAGAAACAGCUCUCCUGAUGAUCUUCUGCAGGCGUUUGAGGACAUUGUGCAAAUGAAUGAUGGACGUCACCUGGUUUGUGCUCAAUAUGAAGCCUCACAGGAUUCCACAAUGAAGCAACAGGACACGGAAAGAUUUUCAGAGGGUGUGAAGCUGAAUGUGGUUGUGUGUGGGAGUGACGGCACAUUGAAAUCCUCCAUAUCAGAGCUGAUCCUGCAGCAGACAGACAGAAGAUCAGAGUGUGUGAGGAGAGAUGUGGAGCUUCAUGGACGUCUGAUCAAUCUGCUGGAGCUUCCAGCUCUGAUUCGUCUCUCGGAGGAGGAAGUGAUGCGCCAGACUCUCCGCUUUGUGUCUCUCUGUCAUCCAGGAGUUCAUGCUUUCCUCCUCAUUAUUCCUGACGGAUCUCUUAAUAAUGAAGACAAAGCAGAAAUGCAGGAGAUCCAGAGGAUAUUCAGCUCAAGAAUCAACAAACACAUCAUGAUCCUCAUAAUGCAGAAUUCAGAGCAUCAGACAGCAGAACUCAAUGAAGAAACACAGUCUGUCAUUCAGAGUUUUGGAGGAUGGCAUCAUUUCUUUGGUCCCAAAACACAAGUGUCCACAUUGAUGGAGAACAUUGAGCAGAUGCUGGAAGAAAACAGAGGAGGCUUUUACUCCACAGAGACAUUUCUGGAGGCGCAGAUGAAAAAAUUUAUGAAAUAUGACCAGAUGAAGAAGAAAGUUAAUUUACUAGAGGCACAUUUACUGCCAAAAGUUUCAAGAGAAGACACAAAUGAACUGAGGAUUGUUCUUCUGGGAAAAACUGGAGUCGGGAAAAGUGCAACAGGAAACACCAUCUUAGGAAGAAACGCUUUUACAGCAGAAACAUCUCAAGAGUCAGUUACUAAAGAGAGUCGGAGAGAAACAUGUGAAAUCAAUGGCCGGCAUGUUACUGUGAUCGACACUCCAGGACUGUUUGAUACUGAACUUACUAAUGAGGAGAUCCAAAGAGAAAUCAGCAACUGCAUCUCCAUGAUUCUGCCUGGACCACAUGUGUUCAUCAUUGUGCUCAAUUUAGGACAACGCUUCACUAUCCACGAGGAAACAUCAGUGAAAAUCAUCCAAGAGACAUUUGGUGAGAAAUCUUUAAUGUUCACCAUGGUGCUCUUCACCAGAGGAGAUGAUCUGAAGGACAAAACCAUUGAUCAGUGUUUGGGGAAACCUGGAUCUCCUUUGAUGAAGCUGAUUGAUGCGUGUGGAAACAGAUACCACGUGUUCAAUAAUAAUCAGACUGGGGGCCGAACACGGGUGUCUGAUCUGCUGGAGAAGAUAGACGCCAUGGUUAUAGAAAAUGGAGGGAGUUACUACUCAUGCAAGAUGUUCAGACAGAUGGAGAGAGAAAAACAAGAACAACAGCUGAAGAUCCUGAUGGACAGAGUCAGAGAAAGAGAAGAAGAGAUGAAAACAGAACAAGAGACCUUUGCAAAUGAAAUUCAGCAAAUGAGGCAAGAAAAUGAAAAAAUAAGAUCAGAAAAAGAGAAACUACAGGUCCAAUACGGAACAGUAACUGACAGACUGAUGAACCGAAUAGAGAAUGAGAGGAAGAAAAGAGAAGAUGAAUUUAAUGAGAGAGAAGAACGAUAUAAAAGAAAAAUGAAAGAGAAGGAAGAGUUUGAAGAAAAGAUGCGUGAGGAGAUGAAGAGAGAACGAGAGGAAUGGGAGAAACAGAAACAAGAGGAAAAGACAAGAAGAGAAGAAGAGGAUGAGAAAAGAAGAGAGAAAGAACAGAGUGUGUAUGAUGGAUUUAGUGAGAAACUGAAACAAGAGAGAGAGAGAAGGGAAAGAGAGAAAGAAGAUCUUCAAUCUAAACAUGAAGCAGACGAAAACAAGAUGAAGAUCCUGAUGGAGAAACUGAACAGAGAAAGAGAAGAACUGAUGAAGAAACUUGAAGAAGAGAAAGAGAGAAAUGAAGAGAGAAAAAGAAGAGAAUAUGAAUUCAGAGAGAGAGAAGAACGAUAUAAAAGCCUAAUUAAAGACCGAGAGGAAAAAGAGAAUAAAAUGCUUGAGCAGAUGAAACUGGAACGAAUGCAAUGGGAGAAACAGAGACAAGAUGAAAGACAGAAAAGAGAAGAGAAGAAGAAAACAGAACAAGAAAAACAACAAAGUUCAUCUCAAAGAUCUCAAAGUGAUCUCAAAGAUCACUCACCCGGUUUGAAUGUGGUCUUGCUGGGAAUAAGAGGAGCUGGGAAGAGUUCAUCAGGAAACACAAUACUGGGACGACAAGCUUUCUUAACAAAGAAAAGCCAUGCUUCAGUCACUCGAGAAGUAGCUGCUGAAUCUGGAACUGUUGGUGGGAUUCCAGUCACUGUUCAUGACACACCAGGAUUAUUAAACCCAGAUAUGAAUGAAGAAGCGAUUCAGCAGAUAAAUGAAAAGGUUCUGCAGAAAUGUGAAUCAGGUCUCUGUGUGUUUCUGCUGGUCAUCAAAGCUGACAGUUUCACUGAAGAAGAGAGAAAAACUGUGGAUAAGAUUGAGAAGCUCUUGGGAGAAAAACGCCUGAAAAACACCUGGAUUCUCUUCACCAGAGGAGAUGAACUAGAAGAUGAGAACAUGACAAUGCAAGAAUUCAUUGAUGAGACUGAAGCACUGAAGAAACUCAUUCAGAAAUAUGAUCAGAGAUACCAUGUGUUCAACAACAAGACAAAAGGAGAUAUUGCACAAGUUCAAACGCUGAAUACAAAAAUAAUUAAGUCAUAUUUUGAGACACAGGAAGAAGAACCACCCGAGAUACUGAAGCAGAAUCCAUUGAGGAGAAAAAUACCAACUGAUUUUGAUCAACACACUCCUGUCUCCAGUCUCUCAUCCAGACGGAUUGUUCUUCUGGGUAAAAGUGGUGCUGGGAAAAGUGCAGUUGGAAACACAAUACUGGGACAGAAAGAGUUUGUAUCUGUGAUGAGUACAGAUUCAGUAACCCGUGAAUGUUCAGAAGCACACGCCACUGUUUCAGGCAGAUCUGUGUCUGUAGUUGAUACUCCUGGAUUCUUUAACACACACAUGAAACAUGAAGAGUUAUUGGUGGAGAUAGCGAGAAGUGUGUAUUUAUCCAGUCCUGGACCUCACGCUUUUCUCAUUGUAUUUGCUGUGAAUAUGAGAUUCACUGAUCAGGAGAGACAGAUUCCUCAGAUUAUUGAGAUGUUGUUUGGUGAGGAGAUGUUAAAAUACUCCAUCAUCCUCUUCACUCAUGGAGAUCAGCUGAAAGGAAAUUCUAUUGAGGUGCUCAUUGAGAAGAACAGUAGAUUAAGACGUCUAGUUGAUCUGUGUGGAGGCAGAUAUCAGGUAUUCAAUAGAGAUGAGAAUAACAGACAGCAGGUGAAUGAUCUCCUACAGAAGAUUGAAACAAUGAUAGAGCAGAAUGGAGGAGGACACUACAGUAAUCAGAUGUAUGAAGAUGUUUUUAGAUUCAGACAAGAGGAAGAAGAGCAGAGACGGAGAGUGGAACUGGAGAGACCGAAAGAGGAAUUGGAGAGACGGAGAGAGGAAUUGGAGAGAAGGACAGAGGAAUUGAAGAGACCGAAAGAGGAAAAGGUGAGACCGAAAGAGGAAUUGGAGAGACGGAGAGAGGAAUUGGAGAGAAGGACAGAGGAAAAGGUGAAACCGAAAGAGGAAUUGGAGAGAAGGACAGAGGAAUUGAAGAGACCGAAAGAGGAAAAGGUGAGACCGAAAGAGGAAUUGGAGAGACGGAGAGAGGAAUUGGAGAGACCGAAAGAGGAAAAGGUGAAACCGAAAGAGGAAUUGGAGAGACUGACAGAGGAAUUGGAGAGACCGAAAGAGGAAAAGGUGAGACCGAAAGAGGAAUUGGAGAGACUGACAGAGGAAUUGGAGAGACCGAAAGAGGAAAAGGUGAGACCGAAAGAGGAAUUGGAGAGACUGACAGAGGAAUUGGAGAGACCGAAAGAGGAAAAGGUGAGACCGAAAGAGGAAUUGGAGAGACUGACAGAGGAAUUGGAGAGACUGACAGAGGAAUUGGAGAGACCGAAAGAGGAAAAGGUGAGACCGAAAGAGGAAAAGGUGAGACCGAAGAGGAAAAGGUGAGACCGAAAGAGGAAU